AUGUUGAUGCUUCCAUCAACCGCCAACGGAAUUCAGUCCAAGUACUCUCUACCAUUCGAAUCCAGAUACUCAUAUCCUUACGAUUUCGCCGAGCUAAAAUCGGCAAUGCCACAAAUCGAUGGACAAACCCACCAAAUGGAAGCCCAAACACAAUCCACUGAAAGCCCAGCCUUGUUAGGUCCGCCCAGAUUCUCGAACUGGCCCGCUUCUUAUGAUCCUUUCGCCUCUUCAACAGGACGCAUGUCACCAUCAGAUCACCAAGAGCGUCUCCGGGCUCGUAUGCCAUUCGACCUUCAGUCUGCCACUCGCGGACUACCACGUUCAGUUCCUGACGGCCGUCGCCCUCUGUCAUACGCUUCCACCUCGAGCAUGUUUUCGAAUGAACCUGCCGCCUUUGCACAGGCCGACAUGCCUCGAUCAAGCAUUGAUGACUCACUACGCCGCCAGAGUCAGGAGAUCUACGGCGCUCGGUCCGACUCCCCAGGCAACGGGAGCUAUGGCGACUACGACGACAACGCGAACCGCAGAAGCACAGAUAUGAGUCGAGGAUCUGCUGCACGCUUCCAUACUAGGCGGCGGCCAUUCAAUCAGGACGAAUUCGACGGUCCAUCACAACUACUUCCUCUUCCACUUCCUCAGUCCGAGGUAUCUCGAUCACAAGACCUGCCCACGCUUCCAGUCAACCUCAACUCUCAGGAACAGGACGAGAUCGUGCAGCACGUCAAUGACAUUCUGUCGCAUUGUGCGUUUCACUUCGUCGCAAAGUACCAAUUUCCGAUCCCUCUCGAGCGAGACAAGCCACGAGUGCGUGCGCCCAAUGACCGCGAGUGGACUGAGUGGGCGUAUCUCUUGAAGCGACUCGCGACAAAACGACGGAUUCCGGCGCGGGUCUUGUUCGACAACCAGAUCAAGCAAUUUGUCACCACACUAGAGAACUCUAUUGCCGCUAGGCAGAACAGAGACCAACAGAACAGAACACCGAAGGACGACAGAUACAUCUUGCAGCUUGUCAGUUCGGGUACGCAGGUUGCAAAGAUCUUAAUGGACUCUCAGGCCAUGGAGCAGCUGGAUAGCCUUUACACCAACACUGAAUCGAUAAUACUGGAGAGACGCGCAAGAGCUCGAUUCCAAUAG